AUGGCUAAUACGGUCAUUCAUCACUCGCCAGGAAAAAUGCAGCCACGUAGAGUAGCACGUAGAGGUGGUAGGGGAGCUAGAGGAGCUGAACGUACCCAGCCUGAAGAGCAGCCUGUCGUACAAGCUGUCAACAUUACUGCAGCCGUCACUCAAGCAGACUUCGCUGCAAUGGAGAAGAGAUACCAGGAUAUGUUGAUGGAUGCUUUAGCACCAUUUCAUGCUGCCCAUCAAACCCUGACCGUCCCUUCUCCAGCCCCAGUAGAAUCUCAGCCCGUGCCAAACCAACUGUCAAUAGAGGCCAAGCAUCUGAGAGACUUUAGGAAGUACAAUCCUAAUACAUUUGAUGGAUCCAUGGAUAACCCCUCCAAGGCCCAAAUGUGGUUGACUUCUAUAGAGACCAUCUUUCGGUACAUGAAGUGUCCUAAUGACCAGAAGGUUCAGAGUGUAGUUUUCUUCUUGGAAGGUAGAGUGAGGGAUGAGGCUACUAGGACCAAGAAGUUCGUUAGAGGACUAAUACUAGAUCUUCGGGGUUUUGUUCGAGUCUUCAGGCCAACCACCUAUGCUGAUGCACUGCGCUUGGCAGUGGAUAUGAGUCUGCACGAGAAAGCUAGAAAACAACAAAAACAAACUACAAAAUUUGAAGGAGCCAACACUCCCACUUCCCAUCAGAGAAGACUUUUUGCCACCACUCGUCAGGAGGUCGAGCAAGUUGGUACUAUAGUGACAGAAAUAGCAUCGUUGGGUAGCAUACUAUCUGUUUCUACUCCAUCAAAAGAAGUUAUGUUGUCUAAAGAUAAGAUAAAGCUGCAAGGAGCCACUGUUUUCACUAAGAUCGAUUUACGUUCAGACUAUCACCAGUUGAGGAUUAGAGACAAUGACAUCCCUAUGAAUGCUUUUUGUUCCAGAUAUGGACAUUACGAGUUCAUUGUAAUGUCUUUUGGCUUGACAAAUGCUCCUGCAGUAUUUAUAGACCUGAUGAAUAGAGUGUUAAAGGAUUUUUUAGACACUUCUGUUAUAGUUUUUAUCGACGAUAUCUUGGUCUACUCUAAGAUAGAGGCUAAGCAUGAGGAGCACUUGCAUCAAGUUUUGGAGAUUCUUCGAGCCAAUAAACUAUACGCUAAGUUUUCUAAGUGCGAGUUCUGGCUAAAGAAGAUGUCUUUUCUUGGCCAUGUAGUAUCCAGUGAGGGAGUCUCUGUGGACCCAGCAAAGAUUGAAGUUAUUACUAGUUGGCCUCGACCAUCUUUAGUCAGCGAAGUUCCUAGUUUUCUGGGUUUAACAACUUAUUACAGAAGGUUCAUAGAAGAUUUCUCUCGAGUAGCCAUUCUUAUAGUGCCAGAUGGGUCUAGAAGUUUCGUGAUCUGCAAUGACACCUCCAAGAAAGGAUUGGGUUGUGUUUUGAUGCAGCAAGAUAAGGUAAUUGCUUAUGUCUCUCGUCAAUUGAAGAGUCAUGAACAGAACUACCCUACCCAUGAUCUAGAGUUGGCAGUAGUGAAGGAGUUGAACAUGAGACAGAGAAGAUUGCUUGAGUUAGUAAAGGAUUAUGACUGUGAAAUUCUGUAUCACCAGCAUCGCCUGGCAGAAGCAGGGCAAGCUAAGGAGUUCUCCAUAUCCUCUAAUGGUGGACUUAUGUAUGAGAGGCGUUUAUGCAUCCCAGCGGAUAGUGCAGUUAAGACAGAGAUUUUGACUGAGGCUCAUAGCUCCCCAUUCUCUAUGCAUCCUGGCAGUAACAAGAUGUACUAG